AUGAAAAAUUCCAAUAGCUCUUUGGGAUUUUUACCUGUGACAUUCAUUUUGGUUGGUAUCCCAGGGCUGAAGGCAGAACGCAUCUGGAUAUCCAUCCUUUUCUGCCUGAUGUACUGCAUUAUAUUCCUUGGGAAUGGCAUCAUUCUUCACGUCAUCAGAACAGAUCCUGCUCUACAUCAGCCCAUGUAUCUCUUUCUUGCUAUGUUGGCACUGGCUGAAGUUGGUGUCUCUGUGUCCACCCUCCCUACAGUGGCUGGCAUAUUCCUUUUUGGCAUGACUGAGAUUAGUUUUGAAGCAUGCCCUCCAGAUGUUCUCCAUCCAUUCUUUCUCCAUUGUGGAGUCAGCUGUGCUGCUGGCCAUGGCUGUGGACCGCUUUGUGGCCAUCUAUAGACCCUUGCGUUAUACAUCUAUCCUGACUCUGCCCCGCAUCUUUGGCACAGGAGCUAUCCUUGUACUGAAAAGCAUUAUGCUCAUGGCCCCAUUGCCUAUGCUCUUACAGAGACUGCCCUUUUGUGGCCAUAAUGCCCUCUCUCAUUCCUACUGUCUCCACCCGAACCUUAUUCACUACCUUGUGGGGAUGUUUCUGUCAACAAUAUCUAUGGCCUUUUUAUUGUUAUCUCCACUUUUGGGAUGGAUUCAUUGCUCAUUGUGGUAUCCUAUGGGCUCAUACUCUACACUGUACUAGGCAUUGCCACUGGAGAAGGACGGAAGAAAGCACUCAGCACAUGUGGCUCACAUAUCUGUGCUGUGCUUGCUUAUUAUGUACCUAUGAUUAGUUUGUCCAUGGUGCAUCGCUUUGGACACCAUGUGUCUCCUCUGCUGCAAACCAUGAUGGCCAAUGCUUACCUCUUCUUCCCACCUGUGGUCAACCCCAUUGUCUACAGUAUCAAGACUAAGGAGAUUCGUCAUAGCAUUGUCCGGAUGCUGUCAGAGCAAAGACUCAGAGUGUAG